GCGGUGGAUGGCGAAGAAAACACUGGCAGAGACAGCAGAGAGUACGAUCAUGCGGACUCGGAUGACAACAUGAAUGUGGCGGAAAACUCGAAUAGAAACGAUAGAUGCCAAGUCGGAUAGGACGGAAGAGGGUAGGUGGCAUGAGUCACAGCUUACAGCCAUUUUUAGGUAGAUUUAAGCAUUAAUUUGCGAGUAGCGAUAGUGUUAUUGUAAACGAAUGUGUUUGACCAUGUCUCAGUGCGGCCGUCCACAUCAGACUCGCAACUGCUGGUAAAUAUCGAUUUGUCGGAGACGUGGAGGAUUAGACAGCCUCGUUUUUGCCACACCAUGUGUCACAUUUUCAUCGCUCCGUACUUCGCCACCCCGACAGGGAGGCAUUAAUUCGCCCAUUGUUAAUGACUUGCGCCGGGAUUUUCUGUCCUAUCGUUGGUCACAGAGUGUCGGCGUCAUUCUCGGUGGACACACAGACCAAGCGGGGACCCAUACACUCGUUAGAUGAUCUAACCAAGCUUAGACAUGCAGCUAGUCGUAACCUUGACUGGGAGGCGAUAAAAUCGGAUCGGUAUUCAACUGUCUUAGGUAUUCAUAUUCGUCGGUGCUGCGGUUGAGCGCGGACAUAUGGACGAUGCUGGCAUCCGGCUGCGACUGGUCGGAGAUCGUGUAGAGAUGAACUCCGAAAUGGUUCAGGCAGCGAAGAAGACACCCUGGGAAGCGGGAACAUAUAAUAGAUGAAAUGCAAAUUCCGAUACUUUACCCACUGAAGUCGAAGAGAAAACUGAAGAAAAAGCGGAUUCGUCGAGUAAAAUGGACGAAGCUUCAGCUUCUUCUUCAGCUUCAAUGUUAAAACAAGCACUUCUUGAAAAUCCUAAAGAAGCCGCUUCAACAAGUUCCGCUGAUGAUGAAGUUCAUUCCUGUCCUUUCUGUAAUUUUACCUGUAAUAGCGAUGCAAGACUCCAAUCGCAUGUCGAAUCUCAACACUCCCAAAAAACCAAUAUGAUUUCCUGUCCUCUUUGUCAAGAAAGCUUCAGUGAAUGGAAACAGUUAGAAUCUCAUCUGAUGGAAGUCCAUCAUGUGAAUCAAGAGGGCGUUCAAAGAUUACUUUUAAUGGUAGAUCAGUCUGAUUGGAUCUCUUCGGGUAAUAAGCAGAGUUCGUUUGACGAACCUUCCGAUUUAAAAUCUAAGCAACAAGAAGAGGAAAAAGAAGACGUGGAGGAGAAGAAUGAAAGUGAAGGAGGAGAGAAAGUUGGUGGGGAUGACGUAUUUGAUGAGUUACCUUGCUCUGGCUGCACUAAAAUGUUUAGUAACGUGGACGAUUUGUUUAGUCAUCAAAAUGAACUUGGUCAUUUAGAAUUGAAACAGACACCUCGAGGUCCAGGUUAUCUUUGUUGGAAAAAAGGAUGUAGUCAAUAUUUUACUACUGCCUUAGCUUUGCAGAUGCAUUUUCGUGAAAUUCACGCUCAAACGCCUCCUCUAGCAGUAUCUGAAAGACACGUUUAUAAAUAUCGUUGUAAUCAGUGUAGUUUAGCGUUCAAAACGCUGGAGAAACUGCAACUUCAUUCGCAGUAUCAUGCCAUCCGUGCUGCUACUCAGUGUGUUUUAUGUGGUAGAAAUUUUAGAUCAGUGGCUGCUUUACAGAAGCACGUGGAAAGUUUUCAUACCGACAUGAGUAAAGAAGAAUUAGAUCAGUAUAAAGCUAGUCUUGCUAACAAUCCAUUAUUAGUUGGAGGAAAUGGAGGCGGGGUACUAGACCCUCAGACUACGGAAUUGCUUAAGAAAGAGAGCAAUCGAGAUGAUGAACAACAGGAAGAACAAGCGGAAGCGAUUUGCAAUCAAGAUGACAUUUCUCCUGAAACAGAAGUAGAUGUUCCAGAAGCGGGUGAUCAGGGUAGUAGUGAUGGUCCUAAGGAUCAAGAAGGACUGGAGGACUAUAUAAAUAGCCAAUCUGUCGCAGAAGAUAGUUAUAACGAUCCUACAAGAAAGUACAAAUGCCAUAGAUGUAAAGUCGCCUUCACUAGACAAAGUUAUUUGACCAGUCAUAAUAAAACUUUACUGCACAGGAAAGGGGAGAAGCUAAGCUAUCCGAUGGAAAAAUACCUUGAUCCGAACAGACCAUACAAAUGUGACAUCUGCAUGGAAUCAUUUACUCAGAAAAAUAUCUUGCUCGUUCACUAUAAUUCCGUCUCUCAUCUUCACAAAUUAAAACAGAGCAUGAAAGAAAGUAGCAGUUCCAGCACAAGUAGUACGACAAUUACUACGACUACGGCCAGUAUUAACUCAGCAACUACUACAUCUGCUGCUUCUACAACUAAUACCACGAAUACAACUAGCACUAAUGAUUCCUAUAACAAGCCAUAUAAAUGUAACAUUUGUAAGGUUGCCUACAGUCAAGGAUCAACAUUAGAUAUUCAUAUACGAUCUGUUCUACACCAAACUCGUGCAUCCAAGUUGCAUGAGUUGGCUAUGACUGGACAAGUUGAUUUAAAUGUUCCUCUGAUCGAAAAACCUGAACCAAAUCAGGCUCAGGAUACAGCAGAAAAUAUACAAUGUUCCUCUACUACUAUGCCUCAGCUAACUCAGGUGAUCAGCCCAUCCACAAGUGUUCCUUCUAAUACACAGAUUCCUAAACUCCCGGAUAUGUCUGAAGUUCCUCUGAGCAGCACAGCUACCACGGGAUCAACUCCCGUUACUAGUGCCUCCCCUCAACUAUCAGUUCCUCCAGAUCUCGCAUCACUGCUGCCACCUCACAGUGCUCACUUACCUGUUUCCUUAUCUUCCCAACCUAUCCUCAGCUGUCAGCGGUGCAGUGCUAUCUUUGUUUCUCAAGAGGCCUUGCUCCAACAUCAGCAACUCUGUUGUUUAUUUUCACAGCCGUCGCAAUCUUUAUUGAGCAGGGUAUCAGCCAUUACAACAAAUUCACAAAUGCCUCCAAUACCUGGCAUCACCCCGCCUCAAUUGCAAGUUUCUGAUUUAUUGCAACAGAAAGAUGACCAGGACCAAUCAGUAAAUUUGUUAUAUCCUCCAGAAUUCUUAAGUUUAAAGCAACAUCCUCCUCAAUUAAGUCCUCAGUUAACUCAGCAUCUUUUACGUGCUAAGUGCCAACAGCAACAACAGCAGCAGCAGCAGCAACAACAACAACAACAACCCUUUCCUCGCAGCAAACCGCUCAUAUACAAACAUUUGCUGGAGAGUUUUGGGUUUGAUGUUGUAAUGCAAUUUAAUGAAUACAGGCAAAAAUAUAUGCAGAAAGAUGAUAAGAAAGAAUUGUUAGCUUCUGAAAAAGUUAUAUCUGAAGAGAAGGAAAAAACGAAAUCUCUCGAUAUUGAUAAUGAAGUAAAGUUUAAGGAUACUGAUUUACCAGAAAUAAACAGAUCUGUAUGCACGAAAUGCUUGAAAGAAUUUUCUAGUAUUUGGGUAUUGAAGGCACACAGAGAAGAAAUUCAUGGGCAAAUUGUCCCUGUCGAUUUAGUGGAAAAAUUUGCUGAUGAAUUUCGAAUAGAAUACGAAAAACGAGUUGCUCAGUCACCAAAUGCCCAGGAUGAAACUGGUAGUAAUACUGAUGUUAGUUCUCCAGCUGUAUCUGCCGAGACGUCUGUCUGUCCAACACCAUCUCUACAAACAUCCUUGGCUCUUUCUAUGUCAGCCACCCCACCAACUGUAUCACUCGCUUCACAGUCUUCAGAUGUUAAUUCUACUGCCAAUCAGAUGGCGGCUCAACUACAGUUCAAUCAGCUUCUGAUGAGUAUGGGACUUGGUAUGGGAUUGCCUAUGGGCAUGAACAUGCCAUUUCCUGCCGCAAUGAAUUUACACCCUCCUCUGAUUCCUGUCAUGAUGCCUCCUCCAUUAGAUCCACUUAUGGCAUCAGCAUUUAGCCAUCCAAUGAUGCCUGGAACCGUUGAUCCCAACUUUUUCGCAGCUCAGCAAAAGCUAUUACAGCAGCAGCAGCAACAACUGUUACAAGCGCAGCAACAACAGAAAAGGGCUAGAACUAGAAUCAGUGAUGAACAAUUGAAGAUUCUUCGUGCUUAUUUUGACAUAAACAACUCUCCAACCGAAGAACAGUUAGUAGAGAUGUCAGAAAAGUCAGGAUUACCUCUCAAAGUAAUUAAACAUUGGUUCAGAAAUACUCUUUUUAAAGAACGUCAGCGCAAUAAAGACUCUCCUUAUAAUUUCAGCAAUCCUCCUUCAACAUAUCUUAAUCUAGAAGAAUACGAAAAGACUGGUGAAACCAAAGUAGUUCCUAUAUCUAAAGAUGAUAACAAUCAGAAUGGUAACCAAAGCGAACAGAGUAGGUUCAGUAGUGCCGAUGAAACAGAUUCCUCUCAAGAAGGUAAACUGAAACAAGAAACAUCCAACCAUUCGAUCAUUUCUGAAGAGGAUGCAUCUGAGCAAAAAUUGGAAGGACUUUCUCUGUCUCAUCCUUCUGAUCCUAGUUUGAUGACAGCAUCUUUAGCCGAUUCAGUAAGGUUAGCAGAUCCUUCUUCAUCUUCCCAUCCCUUACCGUCUUUCUCUCUUCCCUCCUCAACAUGCACGUCUCCUUCCCUUGAAUCUGCUAAAUUAACAAACACUGUUUCCUCCAGUGGUAUGUGCACUCUCACCACAAACACUUCAAACACAUCUUCGGGAUCCGGAAAACGAGCAAAUAGGACUAGAUUCACUGAUUAUCAGAUAAAGGUAUUACAGGAAUUUUUUGAAACAAAUGCCUAUCCAAAAGAUGAUGAUUUGGAAUAUUUAUCCAAGAUGCUGAAUCUAAGCCCUAGAGUUAUUGUUGUAUGGUUUCAAAAUGCAAGACAGAAAGCUAGAAAAGUAUAUGAAAAUCAACCCCCUGUAGCUACUGAUGAUGAUAGUUCAGGAAAAUUUCAGCGUACACCAGGCUUAAAUUAUCAAUGCAAAAAAUGUCUACAAGUCUUUCAACGUUAUUAUGAACUUAUUAAGCACCAAAAAAGUUCCUGUUUUAAAGAUGAAAAUCCUCUAUCAUCACAGUUAAAGCCUCUGCCAACUACAGAAGAAAAAUCAUCAUCGCCUACUUCAUCAUCAGCAACAGCAAGGUCGCCUGAAAAAUUUGGUCAGAAUGGCACAUAUCGCUGUGACAAAUGUAGUUUAGCAUUUCCGAGAUCUGAUCUAUGGAGAGAACAUCAAAUUGUUCAUAUCAUGAAUCCUACAUUGUUUCCUAAUUACUCAUCAAACUCAUCCUUUGGCAUUCUUCAGUACGAAGCACAACAGCAAUCCAAUCCUAGUAAAAGAAAAUUAUCAGAAGAAGAAGAAUCAAAGGAAUCAGUGGAACAACCAAAAGAUAAAAGAUUAAGGACUACGAUACUUCCCGAACAACUGGACUAUUUAUAUCAAAAAUACCAGAUGGAAAGUAAUCCUAGUCGCAAAAUGUUAGAAAAUAUUGCUCGAGAAGUAGGAUUGAAGAAAAGAGUAGUUCAAGUGUGGUUCCAAAACACCAGAGCACGAGAGAGAAAAGGACAAUUUCGUGCCCACCAACAAGUAAUUCACAAAAGAUGUCCUUUUUGCCGUGCUCUGUUCAAAGCAAGGUCGGCUCUGGAAUCUCAUCUUGCCACAAGACAUGCUGAUCAGUAUACAAAAGGUGACAUCAACAUUGAUGCCUUGCCCGAUGGGGACGCCGAUUCGAACCAGGAGGCUCCAUCCGCGUCGGGCAGUGGAGGAGAGGAAAAGGGAGCAUCCACUAACGUGCCAACAUCCUCCUCGUCUUCUCCCUCGGUACCAUCGACGUCUGCUGAGUCCGUUCAAAAUACCAUGAAAAAAUAUUAUGAAGAUUCAUUGAAAAAGUAUUUGAACGAUUUGUGCAAUACAAGCAAGGAAUCGAGUUCGAUACCUGCUGAUCUCACCUUAAAGCAGACGAAACCUGGGGAAAAAAAAGAAGGAGGGGAUUGUCCCCUUGAUCUGAGCAAGUCAAUGAAGAUGUCACUUGAUCUGGAACGCAGUCAAGAUGAUCUACUAACUAGUUUGAGUGAUAAGAGCAUGGACGACGGAUUCUCUCGUUCGAUUUAUUACGAUGACACCAGAUCGGAAACGCAUUCCGAAUCAACCGACAACAUGGAAUUGGAAGAUGUUUCCUAUGAGAGUAAUCCAACGUCUCCUGCUCCAUCUCACUCACCUAGGGGAAGUGGAGCAAACAAGAGAUUCAGAACGCAAAUGACCACUAUGCAGCUGAAAGUGAUGAAAUCGAUUUUUGCUGAUUACAAAACGCCAUCCAUGGCCGAAUGUGAAAUGUUAGGUAGAGAGAUUGGUCUGCCGAAAAGAGUUGUUCAAGUAUGGUUUCAGAAUGCUCGUGCUAAGGAAAAAAAAUCGAAACUGGCUUUUGUUAAGACAUUCGGACAGGAGAUGGAAGUUGCCAAGCUUCCCGAAAAGUGCAAAUUUUGUAACGUGAAGUAUGACACGAAAUAUUCAAAUACCAUCAUGCAAGAUCACCUGUUUUCUAAAAGGCACAUAGACCAACUGAAGACCCAUAUCGACAAUAUGAAAAAAUUGACUGAUACGCAAGAUGCAACUGAACGUUCUGAGAUUUCAACUCCAGGGACGAAUGCAUUAGAACAGCUUGUUCAACAACAAGAAUUCGAACGUGCAAGUAGUCAAACCAAUCUUAUGCAGCAACUUCAAAUGAUGGGUCUCCAGCAGAUGGCAGGUCUCCCCAUCCCAAUGAACCUUCCUCCAUUUGGACAAAAUGCGAGUAUGUUGGGUAUGUCUCUGGGAUCUGGGAAUAGGGAAGCUAAAGGAGAAACUGCGACCUCAAAACAAGACAACAAUAAUGGCGGAAACGAAGAAGAAUCCAAAAGUCCAACAGAACAUUCCAAUUCGCAGUCUGUCCAAAAACAUCAGCAACAAUCAUCACCUCAGCAACAGCCACAACAACAACAGCAGCAGCAGCAACAACAACAACAGCAGCAGCAGCAGCAACAACAACAACAGCAGCAACAACAACAGCAAGAAGGCAGAAAGAAAGAUGCGACCCAGAUCCAAGCAUCCCAGGGAAAUCCAGUAGCGAACCACGGCAUGGAUUUUCCCCUACCCACCAGCGAGGCAGCCAACCUGUUUCCUUAUAUGUAUACGGGAUUUCCUAAUUAUUACAGUGGUGUUCCUGGCUCCUUGUUUCAUCCAGCCAUGUAUCAAGGAACGCCACAGAGUGGAUAUCUGUACGAUUCGAACAUGUACAGUACACCGUUGUCCCUGCUACAUCUCCCUCCGACGGCUCUACCUGAGGUGACUCAGCAAAUGACGCAACCUGGUAACAGCACAGUGAGGUUCUAUCAAGAUGGUAAAAGUUUAGAAGAUUCCAAACAAUUGUUGUCCGAAGUCGACAUGCAGCAUAUCAAUGAAGCAGAUGUCGACAUUGGGUUCGUUUGCAAGAAAUGUCAGAUGGUUUUCCCGUCUGAAGUCCUGUGUCUUAAUCAUCAAAAGUCGUCUUGUUUUGUCACCAAGGUAGCCGGGGACAUUAAAGCCAUGUUGAAGUUAGUGCAAAUCCAAUUGGAAUGUGGUGCAUGUCGAGAACGCUUCACCACAAUCAUGGACUUGCGAUUCCAUUGCAACCUUGAUCGACACGUAAAACGGUUACAGAGGGAGAAUAUUCCAAUUCCUCCAGUGUCAUCUAACACGUCUGUUCUCGGACCAUCAACAUCUAUUCAUUCUGUUUUAGAAGCAUCUCCUGCAAACGUUCCUCUAGCGAUAAGAGAACCCUCUUCAUCUCUUCCUCUUUCUUCUUUGAGAGGAUGUUCGACGUUGAGAGGCCUUCAUCCUGCACUAGGAGGAUCUUUAGCAUCCACUUCUCCUACUCAAGGAGGAACUGCAUCCAUUCAGUCACCAGCAAUAGAAUCACCGUUUCUUAUACCAUCAACGAAUCAACCGCAAAUCAACUGCUCAGAAUCGAAUCCGAUCAACUGCACCUCACCCAUUUUUCAACAGGACAGACUAGAUGCACAAGUGGCAUUGGACAAUAUGAUGGUGGAGCAAGGACAAGAAUCCCAUUCAGUGAACAUUCCCGUAUCUGAUCGCAUGCUUUCUAAAGCUGGGAUCUGUAACUCAGGUGAUGCCUCCUUCAGUCCAGAAACUAAGAGGCUUUAACUAAGAUGAAAGUUUGUCUUUAGGCAAUAAUGUAUUCCUUUUCCUCCCACUUUAAAAAAACAAAAAAGAUAGACUACGUAUUGUUUGUCAUUUCAUCGCAAAGAUUAUGUGAAAGUUAUUUAUUGUUUUUGCAUAAGAAAGAAAGACAAGAAACUAGUCUUUAAAGACUUUGGAUUCAAAUCACACGUACAAUUUAUGGACAUGUAUUUAGGUAUGACCUUCAUACAGGGAACAGAAUCCUUUCUUCUGUCCCUUUAAUCUUGGCUCACGCCACAAGUUUCCUAAACUAGAUUAGCUGGAAUAAGCACAAAAAAAUUAUAGUUGUCAUGCAUGUGCCAUUUUAUGAAGUUUGUUGUAGUGGUAGUUUUAUUUGCUGUGUGCUGGGAGACAUCGUGUUUCCGAGCUUUCGUAAAAAUUCCUAAAAUAAGUGGCUGAUAUCUCCGUAUUCCUGACAUAGUUUCCUCGGCAGGGUAGGCGUAAACCUGUUCCUAAUUAUGGACAAUGAAACUUAAGUCUUAAAAAAUGAAAAAAAUCUUUUUAUGAAAUUUUUUCACUUUUUUCUGAAGUUUUUGUAAAUAAGACCUCGCGAAUCAAACUAAUUGUUGUAUGUGAAAGGUGUUGAGACGAUUACGCUCUCGACUUGACAUAGAUCGUCGUCCAUGUUGGAAUACUGCAAACUAUUCUUUCCGCAGAGAAGUAGAUAUCUCUACGUUGUAUAUGUCCUAUUGUAGGUAACUAAACAACCACCCUGCCGAAAACUUACUACACUGUUGGCAGGAUCCUAUUCGAGGAGAUUAAGCCACGUUAUGAUGGGCAAGUUAUGGCAUGACUAAGCUAAGUUCUACCUGAGCAACCGUGUUAGAUUGCAUGAAAAUGGCUAGUAUUUUAUAAUACGUUAGCCUAUUUAUCAUUGGUGGCAACUUUGCCACGUAGGUUUUGAUAAACUGAUGUUCCUGACACCGUUUUCACAGCCAGUGGAUCCCAGGUUGGACAGCUUAACUAACCAAGUUCCUGCGUUUUUUCUACAUCGAAGAGAUUUAUCCUAGCACGUUUUAUUGAUGUUCUCUACAUAAUCUAUGUGUCUUGUCAAGUGCACGUAUGGCAGCAAGAGAUAAAACAGAUAUUUAAGUAAAAAAUAUAGAUGAACAGCUUGUUGCUGAUAACUCGAACAUUGGUAGAUGUGUCCAGAUGUAUAGGAGUAUACUACCACUCCAAGUGGAAGUUUAGUUAUGUCGUCUAUAUUUGUAACUUAAUUGUUCAGUAUGAUUAUUGGUGUAUAUGUGAUAGCUUGCCACCUAGAGCCUCGCUAGAUAAGUUACAUUAGAUUGUAUGAUAGAUCCCAUGGUCACAAGGGGUUAAAAAAAAAAGGAUGAAAGCUAUCUUCCAUCAUUUAAAACAAGCACUAUAACAUCUCCUGCAGUAAGGUGGCUACGCGUUUUACAACCAAGCCAACAAUGGGAUGCUCACUGCCAAGGUUUGCCAAGACUGACUGCUCAGGCUAAACUGGGACGGGGGGAUUUAAAUGGUAGUGAAAAUUACAUGAUAAAAAUCCAGAAGAGAAUGUGCUUGAUGUGUUGGUUUCUGUUAUUCAAAUCGUAUUGUCAUAUUUCUCCCUUUCAUUGUAUGGAAACCGCGCUCUGUGAGUGGAGGGGGGGUGCCGUUCAUUCCGAUCACACUAUAUUUUUGGAGGAGCCGAGAUUCGAAUGACGACACCCCACCGAUGUCACGCCCACGAUUUUAUACCAAGUGUGCUCACCAAAAGCAACUUACCAUCUAGACCACCCCAUGAGGAAGGGGUGUUUUCCAGUUCCUAUUUUGUGUGAAGACAGAUGGAGAAUGGUUCUGGGACGCCUUCAGUCUUGCACUCCAAUUAAUCCCACAGUUCGAAGUGAAACUACAUUGAGAAGGGUUGCGUCUCUCAACAGGCCUUCCAGCAUCGAUUCUGUGAUUUCGGAGGUCUUUUCACUCAAGUGGGCUAAGUAUGACAGAAUGCUGUGCGAGAUUCAAUUUCGUCUAAUUCUAUACAGUUUGUACAAGUACGGGCUAAUUAUCGCUCAUAUGUAAGGUUUUUGACUCGUUGUUAUGUAGUAUUUAGUUCUAGCGCACGGGCAGAGAAUCAUUUCCACAGUUAGUUAGAUGCUCUUUGUGUUCCUUCGUAUUUCCAAUCGACAACUUUUUAUAUCUAAGCCCCAAAUAUUUUAUAUAAAGGCAAAAAUAAUCUUGUUUACAAUCAGUUUUCAUUCUCUGUCACGUGCUUCGUUGCAUCUGUUAGAGGAAUCAUUAUUUUCUAGUUAUUAGGAUGGUUUUCUACGUUGUUAUUCGAUCACUUGAAUGUAAUAUCGAGUUAUUGUUUUGGUGGAUGAGUGGAUUCGCUUUUAAGCUGAACGAUUUUGGUGCAAUUUGGCUCUAAACAUCGGCAACUAGUCUGUGGUUUUUCGAAAGAAAGAGAGAAAGAGAGGAAUGAAUGCGAGAAUAAAAGAUGGUGCAUAGUUUUUUCCUAAUAGUUUGUAUUCUUGUGUACAAUGUGGCUGUACACAAACGUCUUCAAAGUCUGGGUCUGUGCAAUCUGUACUAUCCUACACUGUCAAGCGGCGAGAGGACUUGGGAACUUUGCACAAGGAACUGGUACUAGAAGAAGUACAAAUGAAAAAACCCAAAAAAGCACAGAUAUUGACCAAAGGAAGGCCAAUUUCACUGUUUUGAACCGUGAGGCGAAAAACUAUUUUUCCUGUUAAUCCAUAGUUCCUGAAUAAAAAAAAAAAAGAUAUCAACAAUCAGAGACAACUGCGGGAGUGUAAGUCUGGAUCUGUCGAAAGAGUUAAGCAAGAUGACUGUCUAGCAGAGGCGACAGAAAGGAUAUCACACAUACAUAAAAAACACCACCAGUGGUCCUUGCAAAGUAGACAUGUUUUCCUCUACCUCAUACUGCAUUCGAAGUUCCUAUGAAAUGCUUGGACCCACUUAGUAAUUCGGUUAUUGUUUUGGGUUGUUUUGAUGGCACCAGUGGUAUAUACAUUGUGCGUAUAUUCUUGUGUCCUACAUGUACAUAUGUAUGUGUCAGAGAACUAUUUAGGGCUGCCUCAGUGUAUUGAAGCCCCUAAGCUUUGAGUUUGAAAUUUUUUUAAACCUGUGGGUAGAUCAACAAAUAACACUACAGUAAGUUAGUCUACUAUGGACUGUGUGAGCCUGAAUUAUUCCUAAAAAAAAAACAACAUUCCUAUUAUUCUGGUUCCAAAAAAACAUUAUGGCCUUGCUGUCUCACUCAGUAUUUUUACCUAAAAAGUAAAUCCGGAACAAUCAACCCGGAUUCUGUUUCCGCCCUUUGUUGUUUCCUAUAACAGUUUGGUUCCUCAAACAUAACUACAGAGGCCAAAUAGACUCAAAAAAAAAAAAGAAAAGAAAAACUCAAUAAUGAAAUAUAAACUAAUGGCUUUUUCAUUAUUUUA